GUUACCUAGAAAGCUCUGCUGGUUGGUCCCUUUAUGUCUAGGGCCAGCACUGAGCAGUAGUGUGGAAUGUCAGUAACAGGUGUCUGAAAUACUGUCUUUUUGCUUAAUUGCUCAAUCUUUGGGAUAGCUUUUUAAUAUUUCUUGUUUUCUCCGUUUAGCUCUUUUCACUCAUGGAGAUGAAACCUCCUAUUUCCCGAGCAAAAAUGAUUCUCAUCACAAAAGCUGCCAUUAAAGCUAUUAAGCUCUACAAGCAUGUUGUCCAGAUUGUAGAGAAGUUUAUCAAAAAGUGCAAACCAGAAUACAAAGUCCCUGGAUUGUAUGUCAUUGACUCUAUUGUUCGUCAGUCUCGUCACCAGUUUGGAACGGACAAGGAUGUUUUUGGGCCAAGAUUCUCUAAAAAUAUUACCGCGACAUUCCAGUAUUUGUAUCUCUGUCCAUCUGAAGACAAGAGUAAAAUAGUUCGUGUCCUGAACCUUUGGCAGAAAAAUGGAGUGUUUAAAAUUGAAAUCAUUCAGCCUCUCUUGGAUAUGGCAGCAGGAACUAGCACUGCUGCUCCUGUGACAGAAAAUGCUACUAACAAUGAAGGUUCACCGCCCCCUCCAGCAAAGGUUCCUUCAGAGCCCCCGCAAGUCACUGUUAACUCAGUACCUUCCGUGCCACAGUUGCCCAGUUCUGAUGCCUUUGCAGCUGUAGCUCAGCUUUUUCAGACAACGCAAGGGCAACAGCUUCAGCAGAUUCUUCAGACUUUUCAGCAGCCUCCAAAACCCCAGUCACCAGUCAUAGAUAACACUGUGAUGGCUCAGGUUCAAGCUAUUACUGCUCAGUUAAAGACUACAGCGGCGGCGGCAACAGCACAAGCACCAGAACAAAAAGCUGUUUUCGCACCACCCGAGCAAAAAACAUCGUUUGACAAGAAGCUGCUAGAUCGAUUUGACUAUGAUGAUGAACCUGAAGCAGUGGAGGAUUCAAAGAAGGAAGAUUCAGCUCCUUCUCCAUCAGUUUCUCAGCCAGCUUUGACCUCUCUCUCAUUCAGUGCACAGGCUGGAUGGUGCUCAAUACCUGGUGGUUUUCCAGCAGAAGGUAUGCAACAACCAGUAUUUCCACAACUCCCGAAUAUGGAUCCUUUUCAGCAACGAAUGAUGGGAAUGCAACAGGAUCCAAUGCGCCACCAGGUUCCACUUCCUCCUAAUGGGCAAAUGCCGGGUUUCGGUCUCCUGCCUACUCCGCAGUUUCCACCCAUGGCUCAGCCUGUGAUUCCGCCAGCAGCACCUGUACAGCAGACAUUUCAGACUCCUUUCCCUGUACAGACUGAAACACAUAUGCAGAAAACACAUCAGCAGGAUAUGGAAGUGGAACAGCCCCCCGUUCAAGAAGGAAAAAGACAUGUUUCUGACAGCAGAAAGUCAAGAUCUAGAUCUGCAUCAAGGUCGCCCAAAAGGAGGCGUUCGCGGUCCGGCUCCAGGUCUCGCCGGUCGCGCCAUCGCCGAUCCCGCUCGCGAUCCAGGGACAGGCGCCGACACUCGCCCAAGUCUCGCUCGCAGGAAAGACGGGAGCGCGAGAGAGAGAGGGAGCGCAGGGCGAAAGGCCUUCCGCAGAUCAAGGCAGAAACUGUCAGUGUCUGUAGUACUACACUUUGGGUCGGACAACUUGAUAAAAGGACUACUCAACAGGAUGUUGGAAGUCUUUUGGAGGAGUUUGGCCCAAUUGAAUCAAUAAAUAUGAUACCGCCUCGAGGAUGUGCCUAUAUUGUAAUGGUGCACAGACAAGAUGCUUAUCGCGCCCUACAGAAAUUGAGCCGAGGCAACUUCAAAGUGAACCAGAAAUCCAUAAAGAUUGCAUGGGCUUUGAAUAAAGGAAUAAAGCCAGAUUACAAGCAGUAUUGGGAUGUAGAAUUGGGGGUUACCUACAUACCAUGGGACAAAGUGAAGCCUGAAGAUCUGGAAAGCUUUUGUGAAGGAGGAAUGUUGGACAACGAAACUCUUUGUCCAGAGUGGAAGGGGAUUCCCAAGAAGUCUGAAAAUGAAGUAGCUCAAAAUGGAGGUGCAGAAGCUACACAUAAUGAACCAGUCUCACCUAUACCUAAAGCUUUACCUGUUCCAAUUCCCGUUCCCAUGCCUGCACCAAUAACUGUACCUCCUCCACAGGUUCCACCACAUCCCUCAGGCCCCCCUGUGGUGGGUGCCCUCCAACCCCCUGCCUUCACAGCACCUUUAGGAAUCCCUCCUCCUGGAUUUGCUCCUGGGGUGCCACCGCCGCCGCCACCACCCUUCUUACGACCAGGGUUCAACCCAAUGCAUUUACCACCAGGCUUUCUUCCUCCUGGACCACCACCACCUAUAACUCCUCCAGUAUCUGUUCCUCACACUCCAGCAGUUAACAUCCCAAACUCUACAGCAGCUGGGGUAAAUGAAGACACUACAAAAGAUGCAUCUGUUGGAAAUCCCAUCCCUACGGUGGUAUCUGGAUCCAGAGGAAAUGCAGAAACUAGUGAUAGUUCCAAAAUAUAUCCGACUGUUCCACCUCCUGUAGCACCUACUAAUGUACCUGCUCCUGUUACCCAAGCUAUUCCACUUCUUGGUACUCAAGCAGUGGCACCGCCGCCGCCGGCACCCGUUGUUGGGCUGCAGACGGGGCCGCCGCCCGGGCCUGGCGGCUUCACGAUGCCGCCCCCGCACGGCAUGAAGACGCCCUUCCCGCCGCCCGGCCAUUUUGUGAGGCCGAGUGGCGGGAUGCCCAGCAGCAGUGGCCCGAGCGGACCGGAGGAGAACAGGGAUGGACGGCAGUUCAGGAACGACAGGCAGACUUUCACUCCCAACAGAGACCAGGAGAGGUUUGGAGGAAGGAGGUCUUUUGGAAACCGGGUAGAGAACGAUCGCGAGCGCUACGGGAACCGCAGUGAUGACCGAGAGCACGAGCGGCUCGGUAACCGCGAGAGGAGAGAGUGGGGCCGGCGGAGCCCCGAGCGGGAGCGGCACAGGGACUUGGAGGACAGGAGCAGGCGGUCCAGCGGGCACCGGGACCGCGAGCGCGACUCGAGAGACAGGGAGUCUCGCAGGGACAAGGAAGAAACCCGGGGGAAGGAGAAGCUUGAGGUGAUGGACAGGGAGGACGGCGACAAGAACCAUGACUCCCACGGCGACAGGAUGGAAGAUGCAGACAUUGUUUCCGAACUCGGUCAAGGCGAGUCGGAACCCACGGGUGUAAAAGCGGACGAAGCGCUAACGCCUGCGGCUACCUCAUGUGCAGAACAAGCCGAGAAGGAGGUCGGCUCGGUCGCCGAGGCCCCUCGCUAG